GGAGGAGAGAGGGAGGAUCUGAGGAGGGAGAGGGCAGUGACAAGUCUCCUGACACAACAUUACAGACAUGAGAUGAGACACAGAGAGACUUGAGAGGUCUCACUUCCAUCUGACAGCUGCCACUGCAGCUUUAAAGGGACAUUAUCACCCCAAAAGCCUGGGUCCUCCUUCCAGCAGCCUAUGGCACAUCACUGAGAGCUGCAAGCCUGACUACUUCUCAUCAUACUGUGCAGGGUUGGGAGAAGACCUGUAGGUGUUAUUCAACUGCAACAGAGAAAAACCAGGUCCCCUUCCCUUCAAGAAUCUCAAAGUUGGAUGGACAGAGGUAAAAACUGCCAAAGGAUUUGCCUGGAGUUCAACUUUAAACUAUAAUACCGUGUUGGACCAGGUUGGAAACCACAUCAACCAUGGUGGACACAGAAAUGCCAUUUUGGAGCAUGAAUUUUGGGAUGAACACAAUGGACUUGUCCUGCAUUGACGACCACUCCCAGGGCUUUGACAUUAAGCCAUUUGGCACAGUGGAUUUUACAAGUAUCUCCGCUCCCCACUAUGAAGACAUUCUAGAAGAUAAACCAUUGCUGUGUCGAAAUGACCAGAUGGACACUGAUUAUAAGUAUGACCUGAAACUCCAAGACUGCCAAAACAUAAUCAAAUUGGAGCCCCCCUCUCCGCCUUACUACUCAGACAAGACUCAGUCAUUCAGUAAACCACCAGAUGAAACUUCCAAUUCCUACAUUGCCAUAGAAUGUCGAGUUUGUGGAGACAAGGCCUCAGGGUUCCAUUAUGGUGUCCAUGCAUGUGAAGGCUGUAAGGGAUUCUUCAGGAGAACAAUCAGGUUGAAGUUAAUUUAUGAACGAUGUGAACUCAAUUGUCGCAUUCACAAAAAAAGUCGCAACAAAUGUCAGUACUGCAGGUUUCAGAAAUGUCUGGCUGUUGGGAUGUCUCAUAAUGCUAUCAGGUUUGGACGGAUGCCUCAGGCUGAGAAGGAGAAGCUCUUGGCCGAGAUUUCCAGUGACAUCGACCAGCUGAAUCCGGAGUGCGCCGAUCAACGGGUUUUGGCCAAGCACUUGUAUGACUCAUAUCUCAAGUCCUUCCCUUUAACAAAAGCCAAGGCAAGGGCCAUCUUGACAGGAAGGGCAACGGACAAAUCACCUGUGGUAAUCUACGAUAUGAAUUCUCUUAUGAUGGGAGAGGAUCAAAUCAAGUACCAAUACUCCCUGUCGCCCUAUAUGGAGCAAAACAAGGAAGUUGCCAUUCGCAUUUUUCAGAGGUGUCAGUCUCGUUCUGUGGAAGCUGUGCGAGAGAUCACUGAAUUUGCCAAAAACAUCCCGGGAUUUGUCAGCCUGGACCUGAACGACCAAGUAACUCUCUUGAAGUAUGGUGUCCAUGAGAUCAUAUUUACAAUGCUGGCAUCUCUCAUGAAUAAAGAUGGUGUUCUCAUUGCUGAUGGACAAGGCUUCAUGACUCGGGAGUUUCUCAAGAGUUUAAGGAAACCCUUUUCUGGGUUUAUGGAACCCAAGUUUGAAUUUGCCAUUAGGUUUAAUGCACUAGAACUGGACGACAGCGAUCUAGCCAUCUUCAUAGCUGUCAUCAUACUUAGUGGAGAUCGUCCCGGAUUGUUAAAUGUGAAGCCCAUAGAAGACAUUCAGGACACAAUGCUACAAGCGUUGGAGCUACAGCUUAAGAUAAACCACCCAGACUCCUCCCAGCUCUUUGCUAAACUUCUCCAAAAGAUGACGGACCUUAGACAAGUGGUGACAGAGCAUGUUCAGCAUUUGCAGGUUAUAAGGAAAACGGAGGCCGAGAUGAGCCUUCAUCCACUAUUGCAAGAAAUCUAUAAGGAUUUGUACUGAACAUCUGACAAUACCUUCAUUACUUCAUUCAGCGAUCAUCGCAAUGGCUCUACAAGAUGUUGUGUAGAUUCUUCACUCACACUUAUUCUAGAGCUAAGAGACCUUGUAGAAAUAUGAUUAACAUCUAAAGCGAGCAACAAGAUCCUCCAUGGAAUCAACCUUCGAAUCUGCAAGAGAAGCACAAGGACUUGUGAUGACCUCCUUCUUCUACAAGAGAUCUACAAAGACUUGUGCCAACCCACAUCUACAAGAGACCUGCCAGUACCUGUACGGAACUAAACUUUUUUUCUAAUUAUGUAUUUUUACAAUUUGCACUAUUUUUAUGAGGGAAAACAGUAAAAACAUUACUGUGACAAAGCCUUAAAAGACACAAAGCUUUCAUAUAACUGGUCUAUUUUAUGCAACUGGUUUAUAAAACAAAUGUACAAUUACCUUUUAAUAUUAAAAUGUGUUAUAAAAGGA